CAUAUUUGACACCAUCAAUUUUAAUCAAAGAUUACGUGAAAAUUAAUAUCGAGUUAACAAAAUAGUUUAAAAAAAUAAUUUUGAUAUGUGACGGAGAUCACGGAGGAUGAUGGGUUGCCUUAGAAAGUAUAGAACUCCAAAACCAUGGCUUGUGAAUGUUAGAAGAAUGAAAAGAAUAGUUUAUGGAUGGAAAAUUUGAUGAAGGCAUCGUCUUCCUCCUUCUUCCCUUCACUUCUGAGAGUGAAGCCUCGCUCCUCUUCUUACCUCUUCACCCUCUUAGCUUUCAUUCUCUUCGCUACGAUCAUCUCUGGUCAUGACUUUCUCUUAAUCUUGCAUCCAUACCCUAAGGAUCAAACACAAACCCUCUUCUUCUCUACACCCCGAAACACGACGACGGUGACAGAAACCAAAAGAGAAGAAGGAGGAGGGUGUGACGUGUUCCAGGGAAGGUGGGUACGCGACGAGUUGACUCGCCCACUGUACGAGGAAUCGGAUUGUCCCUACAUACAGCCCCAGUUAACAUGUCAAGAACACGGUCGGCCUGAGAAGGAGUAUCAACGAUGGCGAUGGCAACCUCACGGUUGCGAUCUUCCCACAUUCAAUGCAAGUUUAAUGCUGGAGAAAGUUCGUGGGAAGAGGAUGAUGUUUGUUGGAGACUCUCUGAACCGAGGUCAAUAUGUCUCUUUGGUAUGUCUUCUCCAUCACCUCAUUCCUGAACAUGCCAAAUCCAUGGAAACUCUUGGUUCCCUCACCAUCUUUAGAGCCAAGGAAUACAAUGCCACAAUUGAGUUUUACUGGGCACCUUUUCUACUUGAAUCAAACUCCGAUAAUGCUGUGAUCCAUAGGGUAACUGAUAGAAUAGUGAGAAAGGGUUCAAUCAACACUCAUGGUCGUCACUGGAAAGGUGCUGACAUUAUCGUAUUCAACACUUAUCUUUGGUGGAUAACUGGAUCUAAGAUGAAGAUCUUGCUUGGAUCUUUUAAUGAUGAAGUAAAGAAGACUGUUGAGAUGUCAACAGAAGAUGCUUAUCGUAUGGCUAUGAAAAGUAUGGUUAGAUGGGUGAAGUUGAACAUGGACUCCAACACGACAAGAGUAUUCUUCACCAGCAUGUCACCUUCUCAUGCAAAAAGCAUAGAGUGGGGAAGAGAAUCAGAAGGGAAUUGCUACAAUGAAACAACACCAAUUGAUGAUCCAACAUAUUGGGGUUCUGAUUCUAAAAGAACCAUAAUGCAAGUAAUUGGAGAAGUGUUUGGAAAAUCGAAAGUACCUAUAACUUUUCUCAACAUUACUCAACUUUCCAACUACCGAAAAGAUGCACACACGUCAAUUUACAAGAAGCAAUGGAACCCAUUGACUUCAGAGCAACUGGCUAACCCUGCUAGCUACGCUGAUUGUGUGCAUUGGUGUUUGCCAGGACUUCAAGACACUUGGAACGAACUUUUGUUUGCUAAGUUAUUUUUUCCUUAAUAAGUUAAGUAUAUAAAAUAAUAGGAUAUAGAAGAAAAAAGAGAGGAUUUAUGUAUAAUUAAUAGUAGUUAACAUUGAAGAAGGAGAAGAUUGUACAUUUUAGCACAAUGUUAACAUAUUGUUUAAUUGAAUUGCUGUGAACAUCUCUUUUGAGUUUA